AGCUCGCGGGGGGACGAUCAUCUUCAACAAUGACCUGUAGUCUCUGUUGGAUGUGAAGUUUCCUGCAGAAAUCUCUGUAUUUCCCAGUCGAAAAUAAAACUGUCAGACCACCCGCUUCGAAUGUUAUCAUUGGAUUGAAUGGGCGUUAUCAGUGGUUAUCAGACCACAGGGACAGGAUCCCCCACUGGCUUCCCACCUCUUAAUACUGCCAUUGGUUAUCUGUAGGGCCAAACCAGAAUCACCAGUGUCACCAUCUGAAACUGGAUCUGUGCAUUGGCGCGCAAAAUAUUUUUCUUCUUGCGCCAUCCAGUGGACAAAAGUAUACUUUUCACAGUAUACUGUUCUUCUGUUGUACUUCAAUAAGACUAAUAAGACUAAAUCGGUUAACUUACUUUUGUAAAGAAAAGGAAGAAGAAGAAGAAGAAAACGAUAUGGACAGGAGAAGUAGCACAAGGAACAGAAAGAUACCCAAAUAUCAAGAGUAUUAUGAUGACGAGGAGGAGGAGGAGGAAGAAGAGGAAUAUCAGGAAGACGAUGAGCAGCCAGCCACAUCCACCCAGAACACUCAUAACCAGAGAGCAGAGGAUAAUAGACUCUUGUCUGUAACCUGUGGAAACAAAAAUGGCAUCCUGCAUGUGAAAAAGCUAUACAGGGGUGAGGUGUGUAUCGAGUCUGAGGGCCGCUGGUUUUCUCCCGGUGCCUUCGAGGACUUUGGGGGUAGAGCCUCCAGUAAAAAAUGGAAAACAAGUAUUUCCCAUAAUAAAAAGCCUCUGCAGUUCUUGUUUGAGCAAGGUUUGUUGAACACCAGAGGAUUUAAAAAGAGAAGAACUGAGACUAUCAAGCAAAAGAAAAUCCUGUCACGUAAUUGCAUAUCAGAGAGCCAGUCUGAAGAGUCAGACAUACAGUCCACGGAAGAAUCGGAGGAAGACGACGUUAAAGAUGACAGCUGGUUUCCAGGCAGUGAAGAACUGACACAGGAGACAGAGGAGGGAGAUGAGGAAAGAGUAGAGGUUGAAGAUGGAGGGGACGUGGUAGAUUCAGGAGUUGACGAGAGCAAAAAAGAGGAAGAUGAAAUGGAAGCUGAGGAUAUGCCUCCUGUUGCUGAAAACGACGAAGACGACGACGUCAUCCUUUUGACAUCGGAGAAAAAUGAAUUGCAGAAGGAAGUAAAAGUCGUCCUCAAAAGGCUUCCAGAGUUUCAGACCACGAGAGAUUGUCAGCCCAGCGGCAUGGAGCAUCCACUAGAAGACAGCUGGUGUAAGCCAUUGGAUGGGGAUGCGGAAAGUGAAGAGGAGAGAGAGCACAGUGGUUCGGCAAAAGAUGACCCCGUUGAUCCCUCACACAUGUCGGACCCACCCAUCCUUGGGGGACAAAGUAAUGAAAGAAACGAAGAUGGACAGAGAGAAAUCAAAACUGGAACAACUCUGUGCACACCAGUGGCCUGGGCCCCGGACAUCCAACCUGAACUCCUGAAUAAACCUGAAGACAUCGGCUCAACCAGCAAUCACACUGCCGAACUCCGAAUCUCCCCUGUUCUGUUAGUCACACAGGGAACCGAAAAUAGAGAUGUCGCCACAAACACAGAACCCAUUCAGAGAGAUGCCACCUCCUCUGGCCAUGAUGCAGCACAAUCACAAGUGAUCAAAAUAGAGAAAAGUGCCUCAGACAGCACUCAGGCCUCCGACAUAGUGGAGGGUCCAAUCUCCACUCAGUCUAAUCUGGAUACAAUGGACCUUGACCAGCUGAAGAGAGAGAAAAUAAAAAUGCAACUAAAAGUUUUUAAGUUGCAAGAUGAAUACUACACUCUGAAAAUUAAGAAACUCAAAAAAUGAAAUUCUUUUCAUUGGAGCCUAACUGUAAGGUUGACAAUAUGGACAAGCUUGCAUGGUGCAGCCACAACCAAAACAACCCUUUGACAACUGGAUACAAUCGUGUUGGCUAGUUUUAAAAGGACUAUGACAGUGACAUCAUCUUUUUCCAUUAAGAAACUGAAAGCAAAAUACAACCAAGCAUAAAUUGUUAUAUAUGACUAUAAAAAAGGUAACAGAAAUGAAAUCUUACAGAUAUGUAUUGAAAUCUGAAAUUGUUAUCCCAAGUCUUGGCAAUCAGGGGAAACAAAAAUAAACUCUGUAACUAACAAAAAUAUGAAACAAUUUGAUUUUUUCCCCCCAUAAAAGUCCAUACGCUUUUAUCCAAAAAGUUAUUUGUGUCAUCCUCGAUGCAUUAUCUGUCUGCUAUUUGACAUCAGUAGGCCGAAUCACACUCAAUUCAAUCUCUAGGCUCCUAUCUGCUAGGACCAAUGGUGGAUGAGAUCAAUAGACCUUUUUCACGGCAGACAUGUUGACAUAUCAUAGUAGGAAAAGCACGGGUGUAUU